CCUUCAACUUGAAAAACGGAAGGACUUACCAGAAGGCCAGAGACAUGUGACGUCACUAGAAACCUGUUUGUUGUUGCGGAUGAGCGGGUUAUUAUCUCACUCGAGAGGUUGCGUUAAUAUAUUGAUAGAAAAAGGUUGUGAAAAGAAACAUGGCGGACACUUGAAGCCAAAAAGCUAAACUGCAACAGAAAUGAAUAUCAUUCCUGUGAUUCCUGAAAGAUGACUUUUGCUUUCAAAGUUCUUUUCCUCGCACUGUUGGAACUUUGUCUUUUCGUGGAAUAUGACCUAGCACCUUUGUUUUACGUAAAGCGAAUUCCAGAGACAGAGAUCCAAAUUCUAGGCACGGUCAGCAGCGUGCGGCAAGAAAGAAGCUCAUCCGUCACUAAUGCGCCUGUGCUGGCAAAAAGCGUCAUCGAAACUAAGGACAACCAUGACAAAAAUGUGGAGGAAACAAAAAGAGAUGUGAGUCUUGAAGAACUGUUAACUGACGACAGUCGGAAAAGAGAAAAAAGAAUUGACAAGGAUAAAAAGAGCGUUGAGGGAGAGACUCAAAUACAAAAACCGGCAAGAGCGAAUAAAAAUUCAGUCAAUUCUUCGCCGACAUCGACUCUGGAUGGCCAGAUGGAAAAUACUGCAUUUACAAAAAGGGAUCCCGCUGCCCCACUGGCCUCGACGAGGGAUUUGUUAUAUGGGAUGAUGAAAACAAGGACAAUAAAAAUUCUAAAUACGGAGACUUACCCGAAGGUCUUUUCAACGAAGACUCCAAGAUUUUCUUUUGCUGCAGCACAACUGGUAGUGCCAGCAAAGAGAUCACUCUGCCCAACAAAGCUCCAUUCUUACUAUUUGCUUACGAGUCUUAUCUUUGCCAGAAGGUUAAAGGUAUGAGAGUGGAGACAGAGUUCGUCAAAUUUGAUGACGAAGACCGAGGCAAUAUCGAUUACGAAGGUGGCGAAUUUCCAUUCGGAAUACACCGAGCAGACAAAGACCACAUGUUUUUUUUAUGUUACUACACACCGGAGGGACAAAACAGCACUUUGAUGCCAGUCUCUGCAGACAAUAAAAGUAAGAGCUCAUCUUCUUCCAAGAAUUUCAUUCUAAAAGAUGGACUCAAAAAGCACAAGUCGAAAUCGGAAAACAAACAAGUCGAUAAACUGGAGGAACUGGAAAAAUUGCGAAACUCCGAGAAAAUGAUGGACGCAUUCCUUGCCAGUACUGCUCCGCAUAACAAAGAAACAAACAAAAAUGAGAGGACGAAGACGAUCAUUAAAACUAUAAGGAUCCCCGAACGCGAGAACACGACAUCAAUAGUUGUAACAACAGCUGGGAUCGUCUUGGGUAUCGUAGUGUUGGGGGCAGUGGUCGGUAUAGUUGUCAUAAAACAUAUCAGGUCAAACAGAGAUGGGAUCAACGUAGAUUCACUGGAUGAACAAAUUUACACGGCGUCCUCACGGAGAAGUAGCUUCACCACCUCAGAAGAUGAAGUGGAACUCACUGAAGCUGACUUUGAAGAUGAGUUGGUUGAAGACCAAUAUCUUCCGUCAGACUCCGAACUUAAGUCAGGCUUAGAACUCAUGUUUCUUAAACAACAAAGACAUUAUUGGACACGAAAAAAGAAGCCCUGAUAGAAUGCUUCACAGAUACAAUAGUGUAUUCAAGGAUAUUCCUCUAGGAGACUUUAAAUGGACCUGGAAAGUUUCCGUGUGGACCGUGGUCCGUUACUUGAGGUCACAAAGACAGUUUUCAUGUGUGUCUCCCGCUAAUUCGUUCGUUUUACUGAGCAUAAAGACUGAAGAUAAUUUAAUUGUACCUCGAUGUAAAUAAAUGAAACACCUGCUCAACGCACAACUCAUAAAGAAUUGGAAAAAAAUUGAAAAAUGAGGCACACAAACAGUAAAUGUCGCAAAUACAGGACACUCAGAUGACUCCCAUUCAAAGUUUGUCCAUCAUUUAACAGAGACAAGUAAACUUUUUAGCAAUGAAAUAACGGAACCAUAUUUCGAUGCCGUACCCUGUUUAAUUUGCACUUUGAUACUUUGGAUGAUUGAUGAAUCAGGGAAAUUUUUAGCCAUAGUGAGUGGAGAUCAGUGUCAUCCCACUCCUUAUUUGCUUUUUAAUUAAAACAAUGAACAUUUAUGGAA